AUGCCACAGCCACAAUUUGCUUUCUUCUUUACAAAGAUCUCAUCUUUUCCGUUUCCUACUUUUAUUUAUUUUCUUAAUCCUGCGCAUAUUCCUUCUUCCUUAUUUUCAUUCUUUUCUUCGAUUUUAUUUAUUGCAACUUCUUCUUCGUCUUUAUUUUUACCAGCUUCUCAUUCUUCUAUUUUUUUCUUUCCUUUCCUCAAUUUCAUCUUCUUCCUGUUCUUUCUUCCUCAUCAAUUGGUCUUCCUUAUUUUUAUUCUUUUCUUCGAUUUUAUUUAUUGCAACUUCUUCCUCGUUUUUAUUUUCACCAGUUUCUCAUUCAUAUUUUUUCUUUCAUUUCUUGAAUUUCAUAUUCGUCGUGUUCUUUCUUCGUCAUCAACUGGUGUUUCUUAUUUUUCUUCAAUUUCAUACAUUGCAACUUCUUCCUCAUCUUUAUUUUCACCACCUCCUCAUUCUUAUUUUCCCUCAACUUUUUCUUUCUUAUUUUCCUUUCUUUCUUUAUUCUCAUUUCCUUCAAGUUCUUAUUUCUUCAUCAUCAGCUUUUCUUUCUUCUUGUUUCUCAUGAUAUCUGUCAUAAUCUUCUCUAUCUCCUUUUAUUUCUUCUUCUUCUUUUUCUUCUUCUUAUUCUUCUUCUUUUUCUUUUUCUUCUUCUUCUCAUUUAUUAUUUUUAUUAUUUUCCUUUUUUCCAUCAAUUAUUUUCCACCUCCAACCUCUCUCUCUCUCUCUCUUUUGUCUUUCUCUCUCUCUCACUUUCUCUCUCUCUCUAUCCCUCUUUCUCUCUCUCUCUCUAUCUCUUUCUCUCUCUCUCUUUCUCUCUCUCUUUCUCUCUCUCUUUCUAACUUUCUCUCUCUCUUUCUCUCUCUCUAUCUCUCUUUCUCUUUCUCUCUCUCACUUUCUCUCUCUAUCUCUCUUUCUCUCUCUCACUUUCUCUCUCUAUAUCUAUCUCUCUUUCUCUCUCUCUUUCUCUCUCUCUUUUUCUCUCUCUCUCACUUUUUCUCUCUCUUUUUCUCUCUCUCUAUCUCUCUUCCUCUCUCUUUUUCUCUCUCUCUCUCUCUCUCUCUUUCUCUCUCUCUCUCUCUCUCUCUCUCUCUCUCUCUCACAGGCGGAACGUGGCGACUUAUUCAUAUCUAUCUAUCUAUUUAUCUCACUGUCUUCAUAUUCAUCUAUCUAUGUAUCUAUCUCACUCUGUUCAUAUCUAUCUAUCUAUCUAAAUAUCUAUCUAUCUCUCACUGUUCAUAUCUAUCUCACACUGUUCAUAUUUUGGAUUUAUCUAUCAAUUUCACUUUCUUCAUAUCUAUCUACCUCAUUCUGUUCAUAUCUAUCUAUCUAUCUAUGCAUCAUAUCUAUUCAUAUCUAUCUAUAUAUCUAAUUCUCACACACUAUUCCAUCUAUCUAUCUAUCUAUCUAUCUAUCUAUCUAUGCAUCACAGUCUAUUCAUGUCUAUCUAUUUUAGUCUGUUCAUAUCUAUCUAUCUCUCAUAGCCUCUUCUUAUUUGUCACAGUCUAUUCAUAUAUAUCUAUAUAUCUAAUUCUUAUACCCUAUUCCAUCUAUCUAUCUAUCUAUCUAUCUAUCUAUCUAUCUAUCUAUCUUCUGUUCAUAUCUAUCUAUCUAACUAUCUCUCAUAGCUUCUUCAUAUUUAUCACAGUCUAUUCAUAUAUAUCUAUAUAUCUAAUUCUUAUACCCUAUUCCAUCUAUCUAUCUAUCUAUCUGUCUGUCUGUCUGUCUAUCUAUGCAUCACAGUCUAUUCAUGUCUAUCUAUUUUAUCUAUUCAUAUAUAUCUAUAUAUCUAAUUCUUAUACCCUAUUCCAUCUAUCUAUCUAUCUAUCUAUCUAUCUAUCUAUCUCAUUUUUUUUGAAUAAAUCUAUCUAUCUAUCUAUCUAUCUAUCUAUCUAUGUCUCUGCAAAUCUAUCUAUCUAUCUAUCUAUCUAUCUCAUUCUGUUCAUUUCCAUCUAUCUAUGUAUGGAUGUAUCUAUCUAUCUCAUUCUGUUCAUUUCUAUCUAUCUAUCUAUCUAUCUAUCGAUUUCAGUUUAUUUAUAUCUAUCGGUUUAA